AUGCAACGAGCACUCGACAACUCCAGCUUCGCGGUUGUUCGGAUGACAGUAAGUUUCGAAGUACCGCCGACAGCAGAAAACAGUUCAAGUCCCCCUUCAAUUACUACUCUCGGAAAGACAAAAGUUGCAUUGGAAGACUGCUCUGCGAAAGCUGAUAACAUCAAAAGAAAUGAUAACGUGUACUCCGAGCCAAUGGACAAAAUACGUCAAACCAAAGUCAUAAGCCCCUUCCAAAAUAAUAAUAACUGGUCACCAAUGUGCACAAUAGAACUCAUGGAGAAAUCAAACUCCAGCCAAUCAGAUUCACACUCUACCUGCCUACCGUGCCCUGAUGAAUAUGACCAAUUCCACUAUACGGUGAUCGAUCACUGCGAUCAUGGAACUCAUAGUCUCGAGAAUGGUCUGAGACUUCGUGGAGCACCAAUCGAAAAAACGGAAAAAGUGAAAAGUGCCAGUCGCAGCCUAAUCAUACAAAUUGGUAUGACGCUGAUAUUCUGUGCUUGCGAGUUCUUCACAGGAGUUUUCUGCUCAUCAAUUGCAAUGCUUGCUGACAGUUACCACAUGGCGGCCGAUGUGAUGGCUCUGAUUGUGGCGUUCGUGUGUAUCAAGAUAGCCACUCGACCAUCAACUCGUCAUGGUUAUGGAUGGGUCCGUGCAGAAACUCUCGGAGGAUACUUCAAUGGCAUCUUCAUGUGCACUGUCUGUGUGAUGGUUCUUCAAGAAGCAUUUGGUCGUCUCAUCCAUGCUCAUGUCAUAACUAAUCCAGUUAGCGUGCUUGGCAUCGGUUUUAUUGGAUUGAUGAUCAACGUGUAUGGACUGUUCAAUAUGAGUGGACACGGUCAUAGUCACGGUGGAGGUGGUCACGGACACAGUCACGGAUUUGGAGGACAUGGACACGCUCACGACAAGAAGAGCAAGAGAAACAAGAAACAUGAAGAUCAUGAGGAUGACCAUGAGCACAGUCAUUCUGAUGAUGGUCAUGGUCACAGCCACAAUAAUGGACAUGGACACUCUCAUGACCAUGAUGACCACGACGAUUGUCACAGCAACGGCAAAACUCGAAAUACACCGGAAAAUGCUAAAUCCGAAGCAUUGACUCGUCUUUUGGAAGAUGAAGUGAGUGAUGAAAUCGUGGAACGCCGGUUGUCUGGAGUCAACAAUCAUCCAAUCAUUGCUACAGUCGAUCGUCAGAUGACUCCAUACGGUACUCACAUGGCUAGUGAUGUACUCAAUUCAACAAUUGAAUUGAAAAGCAGUGAUAAAAAGAAAAAAUCGAAAAAAAGAAUGAAUGUGAACAUUCACGGAGUCUGGUUGCAUUUGAUGUCUGAUGCAUUGGGAUCGAUAAUUGUUAUGAUCUCGGCUACAUUCGUCUGGUUGCUCCCAGAAUGGGCAAUGGCCAAGUACAUUGACCCUUUAUUGACGAUCUGCCUUGCUACAUUCAUGGGAAUCACUGCCGUUGUUCUGGUCCGCACAUCUGCCAAGAAACUUCUCAAAUUGACCCCAGAAGGAUUGGAAAUCAACAAAGUGAAGAAAGACUUGUGCAGCAUUGUUGGAGUAUCAAUGGUUGAGAAGUUGUCGGUUUGGGUGUUGUGUGACGAGAGAAUCAUUGCUUCUGCUCAUGUCAACAUCUGCCACCCGGCUAUUUUCCCGGAAGCCGCUCACAAAAUCAAAAAGUAUUUCCACGACAUGGGAGUUCACUCGACUACAAUUGAGCCAACCUUCGAAGACACUUGCAUGCAAUCAAUGAAGGUUCUAGUGAAGAAAAUGAAUGAGGGGACCAGCGUCGAAGACACCACAACUGUUGAAAUGAAAAAUGAAACUGACACCACUUCUCAUUGA